GUAGUAAAGUUUCCGGUUACAGAUGAAGUAGUCAUCCAGAAAAAGUGGUCGGGAAGCUUUUACACGUAUUGGGAUUUUGCAUCGCUUGUAAAGUGCAACCUUUUUGUAACCUGUUGGGUUACAAGUGAAGAACCAGUUGAUCGUGACGUUACAUGUGUGUGUGCUGUUAACGGCAUUUAUUUGUUCUACUGAGGCUGACGGCUGCCUGGUGUAUUUGAUUAGACGUUACACCGGAAAUACGUACAGCAGCAGAGUUAUAAUUCAAUAUCCACGCUAGACAGUUUGUCGAUUCGAUUAAAAAGUAUUCCACAAAUAUGCAUUACCAUCAUAAUACUCCAUGGAUAAGUUUUCUGAAGUUCCUGAUACUGAUCGCAAUGUGUACUUUAGUUAGCCAGAUGCAUGCUAGCAACAUUGCAUCAGAACAGACAAAUCAAUUUGAAGAUCCAGCUCAACAUAUGCUGCAAAAGCGAACAUGGAAGAAUCUUCAAGGAAGUUGGGGAAAACGUAGCUCUGAAGAGCCCUUAUCUCAACAUUCAUCAGAAACGGAGCCUGAUUAUACAGGAUCGUCAAGUCACGACGAUAAUAUUGCUGAUUUAAGUGCGGAUUCCAAUUUAGAUCGGUUAAACAAAUAUCUGAUCAAAGGUUUGAUUCACCAGCGCCUCAAUCAACUGGACACACAAUAUGAUGCAUCAACUGAUGAGUAUCCGGUAGAUAAGCGUACUUGGAAUAAAAUGAACGGGGGAUGGGGAAAGCGAGUAAAUGCAGGACCGGCGCAAUGGAAUAAGUUCAGAGGGGCAUGGGGAAAGCGCGAGCAAGGUUGGAACAGUCUUAGACAACUGUGGGGUAAACGAUCUGAGAAAUGGAACAAACUAUCCUCAUCGUGGGGCAAACGUGAUAAUGACAACAGCAAUAGUUACUAAAUCUCAAUCUGUGCACUGCAGCUUACCGAAUUUGUAUAUAGCUCUAAGACGUAUUCAUAUUAUAAUAGAUCAAGUAGUUUUUUAAAUCAUUUAUUUCAUAUACAAAACAUGUAGUUUGUUUUUGAAAUGGUAUUAAACGAAAUGCGUGAAGAGCUUUAUUACAACUCAAGAAGAACGUUUAUGACUAUUGAAACGCGAAAAUCAGGAAUAUCUGGAAUGACGUGGCAACAAAAAUUACAAACUCCCCUACCAUUUUACGAAGCAGUGUAAAAUAUGGAUGUAUGAUUUAUGUAACUCAUAAAAAUAUACUACUGAAAUAUACCAAUACAACCAAAAGAA